UCAUGCAUGAAUGCACUUAAGCACAUAAGUAAUAAUUAUUACAAGUAAGUUGACACAGGCGAAUCAGGUGGUGAAGAUUGAAUGAAAUGGAUUCUUGGGUUAGAAUGCUGUUUCUCAUUGCUUUCAUCGUUCCAGCUUUAGUCGAGUGCAAAGUGAGGCACUACAAAUUCCAUGUGGUGCUGAAGAAUACUACAAGGUUGUGUUCAAGCAAAGCUAUUGUCACCGUUAAUGGAAAGUUUCCAGGACCCACUCUUUACGCUAGGGAAGAUGAUACAGUGUUGGUCAAAGUCAGAAACCUUGUCAACCACAACGUCACCAUCCACUGGCAUGGAAUAAGGCAACUAAGAACUGGUUGGGCUGAUGGGCCUGCAUACAUCACACAGUGCCCAAUUUUGCCAGGACAAUCAUAUUUGUACAACUUCACCAUUACAGGACAAAGAGGAACACUUCUUUGGCAUGCUCAUGUGAAUUGGCUAAGGUCAACUCUCCAUGGUGCCAUAGUUAUCUUGCCAAAGCGUGGUGUGCCAUACCCUUUCCCAAAACCAGAUAAAGAAUUGGUUGUAAUAUUAGGAGAAUGGUGGAAAUCUGAUACUGAAGAUGUUAUCAAUGAAGCUCUCAAGUCAGGACUGGCACCAAAUGUCUCAGAUGCUCAUACCAUCAAUGGCCUUCCAGGGAUUGUGUCUGUGGCUAAUUGUUCUACACAGGAUGUGUACAAACUUCCUGUGGAAAGUGGCAAGACCUACCUACUGAGAAUUAUCAAUGCUGCACUCAAUGAAGAACUUUUUUUCAAAAUUGCUGGUCAUUCACUCACUGUGAUUGAAGUUGAUGCCUCAUAUGUAAAGCCCUUCAAAACCGACACUCUUCUAAUAGCCCCUGGCCAAACCACCAAUGCCCUUUUAACUGCUGACCAAAAUUCUGGCAAAUACAUCAUAGUAGCCUCUACUUUCAUGGAUGCUUCUGUGGUAGCAAUAGAUAACUUGACUGCUACAGCCACACUGCACUACACAGGCACUCUUGCAAGCACCCCUACAAUUCUCACCACCCCUCCUCCAAGAAAUGCUACACAAGUUGCUACCAACUUCACCAAGUCUCUUAAAAGCCUUAAUUCUAAGAAAUACCCAGCAAAUGUGCCACUAACAGUUGAUCAUUCACUUUUGUUCACUGUUGGAUUGGGGAUCAACCCAUGUCCUUCUUGCACUGCUGGCAAUGGGAGUAGAGCAGUGGCUGCUGUCAACAAUGUGACAUUUGUGAUGCCAACCACUGCAUUGCUUCAGGCACAUUACUUCAACAUCAAGGGGGUGUUCACCACUGAUUUCCCCGGCAACCCUGCUCAUGUUUACAACUACACGGCGACUCCGGCAACGGCGAGUUCGCAGACGAAAAAUGGCACCAAGGUUUACAGGCUGAAAUUCAACUCCACAGUUCAAGUUGUUUUGCAGGAUACUGGGGUCAUUGCUCCUGAGAGCCACCCAGUUCAUCUUCAUGGGUUCAAUUUCUUUGCUGUUGGCUCUGGUGUAGGAAACUAUGACCCCAAAACGGGUCCAAAUAACUUUAACCUUGUGGAUCCUGUUGAGAGGAACACAAUUGGAGUGCCAACUGGAGGAUGGGUUGCUAUUAGAUUCAGAGCAGAUAACCCAGGUGUGUGGUUCUUGCACUGUCAUUUCGAGGUGCAUACAACAUGGGGGCUAAAGAUGGCAUUCUUGGUGGACAAUGGUGAAGGUCCUAAUGAAUCAUUGAUACCCCCACCAAAAGAUCUUCCAAAAUGUUGAGACUUUCAGCCAAUAAUUGAAUAACACAAAUAAAAGGAAAGGCCUUUCCUUUGCAAAAUGAAGCUUCGGAAGGAUACAGAGAAGCCAGGCAAAAGAAAGCGAGGGUCGUUAUUUAAUAAUAAGCGGGUUGUCCAAAUUGUUUUAUUUUUUUGAGUUAAUAGCAGGAUUUCUUCUCGCACGUUCUGUAGAUUGGAGCUAUCAUUUUGAUUUUCUUUGCACAUUCAUUUAUUGUCUUUAGUUUUUGUUAUAGCUAUACUGAUCAUAUGUAUUGAAAACAAUGAGUGCAGGUAAUUUAAUUGAAAUAAAAAUGGUACUUGCUUCAUUCAAUACAUGUUCAUUGGGUGACGAGUAUUUCAUAA